GUGUAAAUUAAUCAACCCCAGCUCUCCAGUUCCUGAGUAUUCCUAAAGUUAUUUAAACACACACACUGAAUUUUCACUCUUCUGUACAAAAAGCAGAAUCGAAUUGUAAAUAUAUAAAGCUGGAGAGAUUAUAUUUUAAUAUAAUUAAUAUCAGAUUAAAAAUCUCAAUGCUUCUGACUUUAAAAACCCGUUCAGGGAAACGCUCUGAAACGCGCAUGCGCACAUAGACGGAGUGAGUUCAGCGGAUUGUGUGCUUCACUUUCUCUUUUCCUCUGCUGGGAAACGAACACACAACCUUCUGUCUGCGAUUCGGAUGAGUGUAUGAGAAAUGGAGGAUCGAGCCCUGCUGCACAAUAUCAGACAGACUCCUAAACCGAGUCUCCCAGUUCUGAGUGCGUCUUACCUACAGUUUGUACACCGGUCUCACUCUUUAUUACUCCCUACACCUUCCUCACUAUUUAUAAUCUCCAAACUGAUGGCCAUUGCUUUACCUGUUGCUCAGCUUGUCAUUGGCGUGCUGUACCUGGAAGAAUGUCCUUGUCAGCCCCUUAUCCCGAUCUACCUUUUGGUCUCGGGUGUGUUUGCAAUCAUGCUGGUCAUGUUGUCGUGUCUCCCCUGUACUCAGGAGGGGGAGAAUGGGGGUGGAGCCAUCAGCACCUUGUGCACCACCUGGAAUUCCCUCGUUACACUGUUCCUGUUCUGCUGGUUUAUUGCAGGUAACGUGUGGAUUUAUUCCAUCUAUGAGCCAAGUUAUGACCAACACACAGUGCAAUACUGUGCGAAGACGCUCUACCUUUUCGCGUUUUGGACUGUCACACUUGUCUACAUUAUCAUUGGCCUGAUCAUCACAGCUGGUUGUUGUAUCAUGGUAUGCAUGUGUUUGUGCAGUCGAGCAGGAAUCUCCAGCGGUCUUACUGAUGACGUCUGACACACCAGACAUUUCAUUACACCCGCAUAUCUUGUACACAGUUGUACUGAGCCUGAGACAGGAACGGGUCACGUGAUAUUUUUUUUUCUUUGUGCUUAAUCAUGUGUGUAUUCAGACUGAUUGAUAUAUAUUCAUAUACUUCUGGUUUAUAAUUAACGUGUAAUUCUGAACAUAAUAAAAAAAAAUGUUGUAUAA